AUGGAGAGCGACAACGACGGUGAUGGUGAGUCUAAGCGCGAACCUGGUAUUCGAGGAUCUGCACCUAAAGAGGAAACAGAGACAUGUGAAGAAGCAGAAAUGGUUGAAAAAAAGGACGACGAAGAGGCAAAGCCUGAUAGCGGAAUGCGAGGGAUCGCUAUGUAUGCGUCCAACGUUGAUGAUCCAUAUGUUACUCUGCACGUCGAUAGCGAUGAAGAAGAGAAGGAGGAAAUAGAAGUGAAGCCUGAGGACAACUUGGUCGCUUUGGCGAAAAUUGAUCGGGAUAACUACACCUUAGAAGUUUUCCUCUAUAAUGAGGAAAACGAGGAUUGGUAUUGUCAUCACGAUUACAUACUAGAAGCUCCUCCUCUGUGCCUUGAACCUAUUCAACAUGAUCCUGGAAAUGAUGAAACAGGGAAGGUGAGU